GAGAGCGGGCAGCCCCCGGUACAGCCUAGCGCCCCGCUAUGGCGGCCCUGGCGGGAGAGGGCGGGCACAGCGGCCGGCGCUGAGCCCGCCCCCCGCUGAGCCCACCCCCGCGGUGGGCAGUCGCGGAAGACCGGCGAGCCGGCAGCGGACACGUCCCCGCCCCCGGAGCCAGGCAGUGACACGUGCGUGCGGCGCGGAGACCCGGAUGUCCCCGCAGCCGGGGCCAUCCGACGGCGCCAUGACGAUCCAGGGGAAGCUGAGGGAGGUGCUGAAGCAGAACCGGCGGAGGCCGAGCGAGGAUGGGGAUCUGGGCCAGCUGCUGGCCGCCUCGGCCAAGAGGGUGCUGCUGGAGAAAGUCGAGUUCGAACCCGCCAGCCGCGACCUCUCCAGCCAGCUGGAGCUGCUGCGCGGGAAGUACGUGGUGCUCAACGGCGGGGACACGGCCGCCGACCACCACGGCAGCCCGGAGAAGACGCCACCCAGCAAGCGGGGCAGGGACGAUACCCCCGAAGGCCAGGGGGACGGGAUCCCCAUGCCCCAGAAGGUGCUCUUCCCGAUGGAGCGGCUCUCCAUGAAGUGGGAGCAGAACUACCGCAUCGGUGCCGGACUGUGCAACCUAGGGAACACCUGCUUCCUGAACUCUGUUCUUCAGUGCCUGACCUACACACCACCGCUCACCAACUACCUGCUCUCCAAGGAGCACUCCCACAACUGUCACCAAGAAGGCUUUUGCAUGAUGUGCGUUAUGCAGAGCCAUGUGAUCCAGGCUUUUACCAACAGUGGCAACGUAAUAAAGCCAGUGUCCUUCAUCCAAAACCUCAAGAAUUUUACCCAGAACAUCUUCGGCAGGCAGGAGGAUGCGCAUGAGUUCCUGCGUUACACCAUUGAUGCCAUGCAGAAGGCCUGCCUGAAUGGCUGUACCAAGUUGGAUCGCCAGACCCAGGCCACGACACUGAUUCACCAGAUCUAUGGUGGUUACCUGCGGUCCUGUGUGAGGUGCUUGGAGUGCAAGAGCGUGUCGGACACCUAUGACCCUUUCCUGGACUUGUCGCUGGAGAUCAUGGAAGUCACAGACAUAACGCAGGCGCUAGAGCUGUAUGUGCAGCCAGACAUGCUGGGUGGGGAGAAUGCCUACAUGUGUGACAAAUGCAAGAAGAAAGUGUUGGCCAGCAAACAAUUCACCAUCCACCGACCUUCCAAUGUUCUCACAAUCUCCCUGAAACGCUUUGCGGAUUUUCAUGGAGUCAAAAUCACCAAGGAUGUGGAGUACCCUGAGAUCUUGAACAUCCGUCCUUACCUGAGUCAGAGCAACGGGCAUCCUGUCUUGUACAAACUCUAUGCAGUGCUGGUGCAUUCUGGGUACAGCUGCCACUCAGGGCACUACUACUGCUACGUGAAGGCUAGCAAUGGGCAGUGGUAUCAAAUGAACGAUAACCUGGUCCGCAGCAGCAACAUCAAAGUGGUCCUCAACCAGCAGGCCUACUUGCUGUUCUACCUGAGAACCCCGAAUGCCAGCAAGAACCCAGAGUGGCCCAUUGCCAAAGCUGCCUCCGCCCUGUGUGCCAACACUGGUGGCACCUCUGAUAAGGUCAAGAAAAGCGUGACCAGUAAGCCCCUGUCUUCACCACUGAUGAGACAGAAACCAGAUGUGCAGCCAGUGAAGAAGUGGCUAGGGCUGAAGGAGGUUGGAGUCCCUGUGGCUCGUGGCAUGGUUAAGAUGGGGCCAAAGCCAUCGAACGGAACUGGUAGUCUGAAGCUGCGUGUUAGGUCCCCAUCCCCCAAACUGCCCCAUAAAGCCAACUCAGUGUUGCCAGGUGAUGGGGCCCAGAGGUUCAAGAAGCCAUGCUCCUUCCGGCAGCUGCUUCCCACACCCAAAGCAGUUCAGGGUUUCUGCAACACCAGCAAUGCAAGCAGUGACAAAGUGGAGCUGUCCCAGCAGAGCUCCUCCAAGAGCAAGCAGCCACCUACCUCAUCCAAGCUGCUGCUGGAGCCCAGACAGCAGCCCGGGGGCAGUGGGGAUGUUGCUGGGACCCAGCAGAGGGGCUCCUGUGCCAGCAGUGCUGCCAGCCCAGUGCAUGGCACAGUGGAGGAGCAAGCCAUAGGGUCCCAGGAAGGCAAGAGCAGAACUACCAGCUUCUGCACCUUUCAAGAAAUGAACUGUGACACACGCCUCCCUGCUGGCCCUGGUGCUGAGCCAGCUGUCCCUGAAGACUCCAAGACAGCAAAACUGAAAUCCUGCCCAUUGACCAUCACUGCUCUGGAGCCAGGCAGCACCACAUCACCACGACCUGCCAAGAAGCUGGCACUCUCUCCCAAAAAGGGCAACACCCCGCAGAAGAUGAGCAGAAGUGACUGUCACGCACAACCUCACCCACAAUCUGCUGACCCCACCAACCUCACGAACACCACCCACCCUGAGUCUACUCCCUUGCCUUUUGGCAAGUUGAGCAGGGGGAUGGGGCCCAGCCAGGCCACCACUGGUUCUUCCAGAAAGCGGCAUUUUGGAGCCCGUGGCAGCUCUCGUGCUCUGGCUGUGAAGGGCACGGAUGAAGACUCCAGCCCCCCCAGGAAGAAGAGGAAGAAGAGUUUCUCUGGGAAGGGCUUGAUGUCCUUCACAUGGAAGGAGGCAAGUGAGGGUCCCAGUGGUGGCCAAGAGGGGCCAAGCUGCCAGGAUCUGGAGAAGAGGCCCAAGCAGCAAGUGUCAGGCCGCAGUAUUUGCCUGGACAUGGAGCCCAUCUCCUCCAAGAAGAGGAAGAGGACUGUAGAGGAGAUAGAAGAGCCCUGCUCUGGGAUGCUGACCUCUGACAGCUCUAGGAGAUCUGAGAUGGAGCCUCAGAGGACACAGCAGCCGUGGAUCGUGGAGGCUAGGGCUGGAGAGAAUGAGCACCGCAAGUACAAGUGGAGGACAGCACAGCAGCGUGGUCUAGCCAUGAACCAGCUGGGUGGUGUUGUCACCUGCACUGUAGAUGACGCACCAGUGCCAGCAUGCACCAAGGACAGCCAGGCUGCAAAUGGGUGCAGGUACUACCCAGCUGCCCUGAGCCCUGAGCCCAGCUAUGGAGCUGGCACAGCACCCAGGAGCCAGGAGGAGUUCAGUGUGGUGAAAGAGCUGCUCAGGAACUCCUUGGACAAGGCUUAUGGCAAAGAAGUCUUGACCUGGGAGGGUGAGAUCUCGGCUGUCAGCCAGGAUGCCAUCCAGGACACAGUGCUGGCCCAGAGUGAGACUGUCAUCGAUGAGUGGGACAAGGAGUUUGACAGAGGGAAGGUUAUGAUCUGCAUCCACCAACUAGCACCCAGAGCAGUCUUGGAUCAGGGGCUUGUGGAGAAAACUAUCCUGGGAGCUGCUGGUGGACCUUGCUGCAGGAAGGGAGGGUCGGGGGUGCUGGUCCUGCAUUAUACCCAGGGCCUCAGCCCUGGGGAUCAUGCUGUAGCUGGGGCCCCCUGUCUUCCCAUCUUCCUUGUCUUCCUGUCUUCCUUGCCUUCUCCUCCAUUCCUUCCCUCUCUGGGAGCUGCUGUCCCUGCAGCCCCCAGGGUCCCUGUGGGCUGGGGCUGCUUCCCUCCAGCUGAGGAGGAGCCUGUUCAGCUGUGACCUGCCUUGUCCAGGCUCCUCCGCCAGCUCCUCUGUGCCAGCAGCCUCUUCUCCCAGCCAGCCUGGAGUUAGACUCGUGCCUGCAAUUACCCCUGCUGCUCCGGGUUAACGUGCCCCUGUGCAGGGGGACGCCAGCCCACGCUGAAGAGCUGGGAGCACCGGGGCUGGGGUUCGUCUCCCGGCCGUGGCCCGGCCCGGCUCCAGCCCCUCCUGCCCUUCCUCUGGACACCACCACCACCACCACCUCCUCCUCCUCCUCCCUGCCCGGCCCCCCCCUUUCCCUUCCCCCUCGCGCUCGCGCUGGCCG